GCAUAGAGCGGAUAUUGGGUGGAGGAAGCGCAUACUCACAUCCACAAAUUCGCCCACCUAUGAUAACGACUAAGGUUUUGGAGGCUGCGGGACUCGAUCUUCCUGAAGGAGUGGCCAUUUUCCAGACGACAUUCGCAGGUGGUAUACAUUAUGGCGUUUUCUGUACCAAAACAAUCAUCGCCCGGGGAACGAAAUUCGGACCUUUCAAGGGAAGAACCGUCAACAUGAGCGAGAUCAAGACAAAUGACGACAAUUCAUAUAUGUGGGAGAUUUUUCAAGAAGGUAAGCUCAGUCAUUUCGUGGACGGCCGUGGCAGUACUGGAAACUGGAUGUCCUUCGUCAACUGUGCUCGGUAUGCACAGGAACAAAACCUUAUUGCUAUCCAAAUCGAGGGAGAGAUUUACUACGAAGUGUGUAAGGAUAUUCCCCAAGGGACAGAACUUUUGGUAUGGUAUGGGGACUGCUAUCUACAGUUCAUGGGAGUACCUGUGUCCCUGAAGGAAAUGGCAGAUGGAGAGGGAAAUCAGGAAAGUGAAUCGUCAGAGGGUUAUCAAUGUGAGCGAUGUGGGAAAGUGUUCGCCUACAAAUAUUAUAGAGACAAACAUCUGAAGUAUACAAGAUGUGUCGAUCAAGGAAACAGGAAAUUUCCGUGUCAUCUUUGUAGCAGAUCAUUUGAGAAGCGGGACCGUCUGCGCAUUCACAUUUUGCACGUGCACGAGAAACAUCGGCCGCACAAAUGUAUGGUAUGUGCUAAGAGUUUCAGCCAAUCAUCGAGUCUAAACAAGCAUAUGCGGGUACACAGUGGAGAACGACCCUAUAAAUGCGUUUACUGCAAUAAGGCAUUCACAGCUUCCAGUAUAUUACGGACCCACAUCAGACAGCACUCGGGUGAAAAACCAUUCAAGUGUCGUCAUUGUGGUAAAGCCUUUGCGUCACAUGCUGCACACGACAGUCACGUGCGGAGGACGCAUGCGAAGGAGAAAGCAUGCUCUUGUGGUGUCUGCGGCACAAUAUUUGCCACUUCAUUUGAACUAAAGUUACAUAUGAAUGUUCACACCACAGGAUAA